CUGUUUGAGGACGGUUCACGACCAGCUCCUCUGCAUGGGCGGAAACGGGUCUCGUGCCGCCUUCAAAAGGUGGGAUCCCCUUUUCUCGAUUCCUCCCCAGGCAAAACCAGAUCGGUUUCUUAUUGCUGUUGCUGAAAAUGUCAUUUGGGGGGUUUUUGUUGCCAGAAAUCUAGAAAGAGGCGUCCGGGAACCCGAGCCGAGGAGUCGGCGGGACGAGCCCGAGCGCAAAGUGUCGCGAUUCUGUUUGCGAGCAGCAGGGCGGCGCAGUCGGGCUCCCCCCCCUGCAGCCGCACACCUGUUGGUCAUGAGGUCAUUAGGGCUUUUCCCAGCCCGGGUCAUUGUUGCUUUUGGCUGCCGUCUGGUUUGUUUGUCUGUCAUGUUUCUGUUCUUGAUAGUUUUGAGCUUCAGUCGUGGUUUUUGUUUGCUACUUUAGACUUUGGACUUUUCCCACGCCUACUGCCCGAAGACGGCUGGGAUAGGCUCCAGCACCACCCGCGACCCUAGUGAGGAUCAAGCGGUUCGGAAAAUGGAUGGAUGGACUUUGUUUGUUGAGGAUUUAGUUUUCUGUAUUUUAUCAAGACACUUGUUCAAGUCCACCCCUGCUCCUUCCUCCCGCCUGCUGGUCUUGGGGUCCGCCACCACCUCGCAAACGUGACGGACAGAAAGGAGCCGACUCCGCGAAAAGUUGAGACGUGAUGAUUUGAAUACGUGCCGGCACCCGGCGCCGUAAUCGGCUUAGACGCUUCCUCCAUAAGUCCCGGCCGGCGCUCGCGCUCGUCAUCCCUUCACGUCGGCGACGUGGACGCUGCGGUUCCGGCUCCCGGCUCCGGUCCGGAGGUGACACCAUCGAUCGGGAAAAAGUCUUCAAGAUGCUGAGCUGGCUGCUCCAAAUGGUUCCCCGCCCUCCCGAGACCCACCCACCCCAUGAAGCCCACGCCGCUGAGCCGCAACCUCUGACGGAGUCUGAAGCGAGCACCCGGGACGAGUCCAAACAGGAGGCGGCGGCGGCGGUGGCGGCGGCGUUAGAGGGCGGUGGCAGGAAGGGCUCGAGCGAAGAAGGUCCGGCCCCGGCCUUUCCCGCAGCCGUGGGCGAGGAGGAGGCCACCGCAGAGGACGCCGCGGCGGCAGCCACCCGAAAGGAAAGCCGGCCGCGACUUUUGGAGCCGGCGGCGAGAGACGCGGACGGGACGACGCGGGGCAACGAGGACGAAGUCCGGCGCGGGACUCCGCCGACGGAGAAGAUGGAGAAGGAUGCCGGCGAGGCGCUCCUGGCUCACAUGGAGGAAAGGCUGCGGCAACGGCGUCCGGAGGCCGCCCGCGCGGCGGAGGAGGCGGCCGGGAAGGCGGCGCGGGAAGCCCUUCUCCGGCUGCGGCCGGAACGUUCCGCCUCUUCGCUCAUCCCGCCUGCGGCCGAGUCCGCCGCCCAGCCACUUCCGAACAUCCCGGAGGAGGACGGCGAGGACCGACCCGACAGGUGCCUGCCUGAAGAUGUCGCUCCAAGCUCAGCCCACGCCCUCGCCGAGAGUUCCGCCGGCCGACGAGACGGUCGGGUGGCGAUGGGAUCAGAAGCUGCAGACGAAGGUCGGAGCCUCCCCGAGAUCAUCGCGCCGCCAGACCGCGCCCCCGAAUUGAGGGUCGUCGACGGCGAUCUCUCAAAUCUCAGCGGGACGGCAGAUCUCUCCGGCGAUGAGGACAAAGACGAGUCGGUAAAGAUGGGACCCGGUCAAGGGGACCUAUUGACCGCGGACGUCCGUCCGGCGUCGGCGGCUAGCGUCGGAAGCGUGGUGGUCCAGGACCGUCUCGCCCAGCUGGUCCGGCUCUUCAAAGGUCGUACGGAACGCCGCAAAGACCGCCUGGUGGAUCCGGACGAGUCGGAGGGCCAGGAAAGUCCCGCCGCCUCUCCGCCUCCCCCACCGCCGCCUGGAGAAGACGAGAUGGAAGGCCCCGCCGUCGGAAAGGAAGAGGAAGAGGCCCUUCUUCUCUUUCAUCUUCUGGGGCAUCCUGUUCAAAUUCCCAAACGUCUUACCGUGCCCAAAUGGCUCCAAGCCAUCGCGGAGUUCCGGUUCCCCGCCAGCAUCGACCCGUUCACCGACCUGGUCUACGUGCUGUGGCUGUUCUUGGUGGUCGCGGCCUGGAACUGGAACGUUUGGUUGAUACCCAUCCGCUGGGCCUUUCCCUACCAGACCCCGGAGAACCUCCACCUGUGGCUUCUGGUCGACUACACCUGUGACCUCAUUUACAUCGCGGACAUCCUGGUCUUUCAGCCCCGCCUGCAGUUUGUCCGCGGGGGAGACAUCGUGUGCGACAAAAAAGCCAUGCGAGAAAACUACAUGACCACCGACAGGUUCAAGAUGGACGUCAUCAGUCUGUUCCCCUUGGAAAUCCUCUACUACUGGACGGGAGUCACGUCUCUGCUACGAUUCCCUCGUCUGCUCAAGUACCACGUUUUCUUCGAGUUCAAUGACAGAAUGGAAGCGGUGAUGAAGAAGGCCUACAUCUACAGGGUGAUCCGGACCUCCAGCUACCUGCUGUACUCUCUGCACAUCAACGCGUGCCUGUUCUACUGGGGCUCCGACUACCAAGGCUUGGGUUCCACCAAGUGGGUCUACGACGGGAAUGGCAACGCUUACAUCCGCUGUUACUACUUUGCGGUGAAGACGUUGAUCACCAUCGGCGGGCUUCCGGACCCGACCACCGUCUUCGAGAUCUGCUUCCAGCUCAUCAACUAUUUUGUGGGCGUCUUCGCGUUCUCCAUCAUGAUCGGACAAAUGAGGGACGUGGUGGGGGCGGCCACGGCCGGCGAGAACUACUACCGGGCCUGCGUAGACGGCACCGCCAAGUACAUGAACUCGUAUGACAUUCCCAAGGCCGUCCGCAACCGCAUCAAGACCUGGUACGACUACACGUGGAAGAGCCAAGGCAUGCUGGAUGAGCAAGAGUUGCUGUUGCAGCUUCCUGCCAAGAUGAGGCUGGACAUCGCCGUGGACGUCAACUAUUCCAUCGUCAGCAAAGUGGCGCUGUUCCAGGGUUGUGAUCGUCAGAUGGUGUUUGACAUGCUGACGAGACUCAAAUCCGUCGUCUACCUGCCAGGAGACUUUGUGUGUAAGAAGGGUGAGAUUGGCAGGGAAAUGUACAUCAUCAAGCAGGGCGAGGUCCAAGUGGUGGGCGGCCCGGACCUCGGGACGGUUUUCGUCACCAUCAGAGCGGGUUCGGUGUUUGGCGAGAUCAGUUUGUUGGCGGGGGGCGGAGGGAACCGGCGCACCGCCAACGUGAAGGCGCACGGAUUCGCCAACCUGUUCAUCCUGGACAAAAAGGACCUGGCGGAAAUCCUGGUCCACUAUCCGGAAUCCCAGAAACUUCUCCGCAAGAAGGCCAAGACCAUGCUGACAAAGGACGACAAGAAGCCGCGGGAAAAGGGAGGCGGCAAAGACCCGCCCCAGGUCAUUCCGGUCCCGCCCGACACACCCCGAAUGUUCAAGGCGGCGAUGAGGGUGACGGCGCAGGCGGGACUGGCGGGAACCUUCGCCCAACUCCGGGAGACCUACGGCCGGCCUCGGUGCACGGCUCCGCCCUCUCCUUUGCCCGCGGGCCACUCGUUGGUCAUCGCCGUGACGUCGCCGACAGAAGGGGAGGAGCUUCUCUCCGUCGGGGCGGCGGCCACCGGGGACCCGGAAGCGGACGGAGCGGAGAAAAGGGAGGCGGAGGAAGUUGCCGAGUAAAGGGCUUCCCACCGAGCGGGCCGUGACUAAAUGCUUUCCCGCAAAAGCCACCGUGGCGCUUUGCUUCUCGCUCCGUCCCGUGCCCGGGGCGACGACAUCUUGCAAUUUGUCUUGCAACAACCAUUUGCCGCCGCCGCCACACCACCUUUUAUCUUCCUCGCCCACAGGUUCCGUUGGAUUGGGGACAAAAAAAAAUGGGCAUUUGUUUUUUUUAGCUCAGGUCAACGGUAGACAAUCGCCCCCUGCUGACUGUUUCCAAAUAUCUGUGCCCACGGGCAAGACACUGAACCCUAAAUUGGCUGCGGGUCAGCGUUGUCAAUUCCAGACUGUUCUCGAUUGCUCAAAUUGUGGUCGCGCAAAGUGUCAAUCGCCCUGCGUCGGAGGAAGAUGACUUGUUGGCUGAUGACAAGAUCCACCAUUUCCACACAGAUGCCUCACAAACAGGGAAAAUCCGUUUAGAAUUGAUGCCCGUUGUAACUCAAUUGGGGGGAAUACAAGAGAAUUAAAGCGGGGAUCGCCCCACCCACCC